AUGGUCCACUUUACCACAGACCCAACACAGAUAGCUUCUGUCUACGCUUCCGCAGCCUCCGUCUUCGAAUCAGCCACUUCGGUUCUUGCCACAGCAACAGCCGAGGUUUCUACCAGAAGUCUGGCUGGUGUGGCUCAAGCUGCCCAGGUUACCAUGUCCUACUACUCGAUCGCCGAGCUGGCCGCAACUGCCACCGAUCCAGGUGUUGCUUCCAGCGCAUCAGCAGAGCUGGUCGUCGCAUCCUCCGCUCUCGCAAAUUAUAUUCAGCAUAAUGAAAAUUAUGGAGGUAACGCACCGUCGCUCGGUGGUAACGCCGCAUUGCUCGCUGUGAUGAGUCUAUUUCUUGGCUUUUUGGUUGUUGUUGGAAUCAUUUACAGAAACUGGUGGUUCCUUGUCACGUUCUCUUGCGGUAUUAUUCUAGAAAUUUUGGGUUACGUCGGUAGAAUUUGGUCUUCCAAAAACAUCGACUCGUUCAAUGGAUAUGUGGUUCAAUUGGUCUGUCUGACUCUGGCACCGUGCUUCAUCAUGGCGGGAAUUUAUUACACUAUUGCCGAGUUAUCCGUUAUAAUGGGGGAACAAUACUCACUUCUGAAACCGAUGCAAUAUUCGCUCAUGUUUGUUUUAUUUGAUCUUAUUUCUAUUAUUCUGCAAGGUGCAGGAGGUGCAAUUGCUUCCUCGUCUCUGUCGGAAUAUGAGAGCGUGCAAGGCGGAGCAAACGUCAUGAUUGGAGGUCUGGCAUUCCAAGUCUUCUCUAUCGGUCUGUUCCAGAUGUUCUGGUAUUACUUUUUGUUCAGAUGCUACAAAACUUACAAGCAAUACGGAGACUCCAGAUUUGAUGCUCGGUUUUCCAGGGUUAGACACGGAAAGCUGUUUGUGCCAUACCUGUUCGCAAUUUCGCUUUCUGUCCUUUUGGUUUUCGUGCGUUCAAUUUACAGACUGAUCGAACUUGCAGAAGGUUUUUCCAGUCACUUAGCCACAACUGAAAUUUAUUUUUUUAUUUUGGAGGCACUUAUGAUGAGCUUGGCAAUUUUGAUUAUGCUCGUUAUCUAUCCGGGAUUUGUUUACGGCCGCAACUUGAACAUUCCGGUCGACAAGAGAUUGUCAACCACGUUCUCGUUCAAGCGUCCGCAACCAUACUACGGAGAGUACGCUCAACCAGAGUCCAAAGCAGAAAACAUUUGA